GACAGGACCCUUCUUUAGACAGGAGCCCCGGCCGGCGCAGCUGUCCCUAGCAUUCCUGGCGUGUCAUCAGUCCACAGAUUGGAGAAUUAAAAGGGACUAGAGACUGUGGGGCCAUUUUGACAUUUUUCCUUUGGUUGCUGACUUAGUUUGCUUUACUCUUCUUCCUUCGGACACUUCUGCAUUACAUCUAUCCGACCAGUCUUGGGCCAGAGGCCCCCAAUAUGGCGGACCAGUAUAACACCAAUGAGGAGAAAAUUCUGAAAGAUAGUCACACCAAGGAGAUUGAUUUGAUCGACAGGGACCCUAAGCAGAUCAAUGAAGAUGUUGUCAAGGUGGAUUUUGAGGAUGUGAUAGCCGAGCCCGACGGCACCCACAGUAUGGAUGGAGUGUGGAAAGCCAGCUACACCACCUUCACCGUCUCCAAGUACUGGUGCUACCGUGUGCUGUCGGCCAUCUUUGGCAUCCCAGUGGCAUUGCUGUGGGGCUUCUGUUUUGCCUGCAUCUCCUUCUGUCACAUUUGGGCAGUCAUGCCCUGCAUUAAGAGCUAUCUGAUCGAAACCCAUUGCCUGAGUCGAAUCUACUCUCUCUGCAUUCAUACCUUCUGUGACCCCUUGUUUGAAGCUCUAGGGAAAAUUUUCAGCAGUGUACGGGUGGCAUUACGCAAAGAGGUUUAGAUUUUCAAAGUUCAAAGUCAAAGCUUUCAAUGUUCAGUCCUUGGAGGAAAAUGUUUUAUUUUACACAUCUAAUUUUGGAGUGUGGAUUUUGAGGUCCCUAAAAAUGAAAAGACCGCAUGAAUAAUAGAAUGCAUAUUUCCCCCGGAUGGUUAAUCCUAUGCGUUGUUUUUUUCCUCAGUUUAUGUUAGAGGCUUUGGGAGCAAUUCAGGACUAGGCCACCUGCUUGUUCAGAGAGACAUAUGAUGAAAAGCCUUUCUGACUGACAAUGGAGAAUAAGUCUUAUCUGAUAUCAUGGGGGUUCUCUCUUUUUUUUGUUUGACAGAUUUAAAAUGGGAUGUUGCUGAGUGUGGUAUUUUUAUCAUGACAAUGUCAGAUAUGUUCUGUACAACUACUAAUUAAACAUUUAAAUGUAAAUAAUAGUUGUUUGAAUUAUGUUUCAUAUGUGUUUGAAGUAAGUUUGCUACACUACAGCAAUUAAUUAAACCAAAUUUUAUGCCCCCAAAAUCUGACACUGAAUAAGACAUUGGAAAUAAUUUUACCUUUAAACUGAUGCAAUGAAUUCAUGAUGAAAUGUGUUUCAUUCUUACUUUAAUUUUACGUUUUUCUAAAACCCACUUUUCCCUUAAAUACCAAAUGGUUCAGAUGUCCAAAAAAAAAA